AGGCGGAUUCUGAUCCUUAGUAUCAACUCUGAAAGAGUGAAAAUUGAUUCUUACAUGGAUGCAUCAGCAAUUGUGAAUAUCAAUUGAUAAAAACUGAUGAACAAAACAAUAAAGUUGGGAGCUUUGUGUAAUGAGCAUUUUUGUUUCAGAAGCCCAAACCCGGCCCGGUUUAUUUACCAUGGCCGAUCAAGGCCCACCCCACCACUGACCCAAAUUAUGCCCAUAUUUAUAGAACAAGACAAAGAACCCGUCGACGUAUAUGUGGCGCGCUGAUUCCGACAAAGAGGAAGGGGUGGCGACUGAAAUCAAAACAAGCGUGGAAUGGAUGCGCGGAGCAUUGAAGAACUGAAAGGAAUGGUGGAACACUGCAGAAGAAACCCUUCUGUUUUGCAUACACCGCCUCUUGCCUUCUUCAAGCACUUUCUCCUCAGCUUGGGUGCUCAAGUUCCAGUCUUUGGGAAAUCGGGUAGAGCUGAGGAGGAUGAUGAUCAAUUGAAGAAGAAGCAGGAUAAAUUGGGAUUCGGUGUAUCUAAUGGGGAUACUCUCGAGUUGGAUAGUUCGGAUGUGGUGGAGCCCGACAAUGAUCCUCCACAAAAGAUGGGUGACCCUUCCAUCAGAAUAACUGAAGAAAAUCAAGAAGCUGCUCAGUGCUCCAGAGCUAAAGCCAUGGAUGCAGUUGCCAAUGGUAAGUUUCAGGACGCCACAGAACAUCUUACGGAAGCGAUCAUGUUGAACCCUAAGUCAGCAAUAUUAUAUGCAGACAGAGCAAGUGUUUUUGUCAAGUUAAAGAAACCAAAUGCUGCAAUCCGAGAUGCUGAUGCAGCUUUACAGAUCAAUCUUGACUCUGCAAAAGGAUAUAAGGCACGGGGGAUGGCAAGAGCAAUGCUAGGCCUAUGGGAAGAGGCAGCUACUGAUUUACAUAUGGCUUCAAAACUAGAUUUUGACGAUGAGAUUGACUUGAUGCUCAAGAAGGUUGAAACGAACACAGAAAAGAUCAAAGAGCAUCGCCAGAAGUAUGAACGAAGGAGAAAAGGGAAGGAGUUGAAAAAGAUUGAGCCCAAACGUCAGAUGCAUGAGAAUUCUGAAGCUGCCUCCAUAUAUAAAUAUGGAGAAGUGAUUGAGAUUCGUUCUGCUAGUGUCUUAAAAGAUAAGCUGGACUUCAUCUCAAAGAUACCAUGUCUUGCAGUUAUCUAUUUCACUGCAAAAUGGUGUGGCCCCUGUCGUUACAUUUCACCAGUGAUCACAGACUUAGCUGGAGAAUUCUCAAAAGUCAUGUUCUUAAAACUCGACAUCGAGCAGGUGAUGGAAGUGGCAGCAGAGUGGAAAAUUGCUGCAAUUCCUAGCUUCUUUUUCCUGAGAAAUGGCAAGGAAAUUGAUAGAGUGAUUAGUACUGACAUAAGCAUGAUCGGAAAUAAGGUUUCCCAGCAUGCUCGGCAGUUUUUUCACUGCACUGCAGAUUGAUUCACUCUUGAUUUAGUGUUUGCAAAAGCCUGCAAUGAAAUUUCCUCCAUGUAAUGCAAAAAAACUACUGUUCAUGUAUUCCUAUUGGUUUUUGUAAGCAAUGUAUUGCAGUGCUUGUUAAAAUAAGUCAUGAGAACAAAUUUUGUAUCAAUAAAACUUAUCCGGAGAGAUUGAGAUUGA